GAAAGGGACAGACAGACACAAUAAGAUUUUUAUUUCACUUUAUUUCCCCUUUUGAGAAAUAAUUUAGAAAAUAUCAGAAUAGAACUAAAUUCAUUGUAACAACAUUUCAGCUGCUGUUGGUUAAGAAUCACAAAAUGUCUGACCGUGGGAGCAGUGAAGCUGAAGGAGACGGACACCAUAGGGUUAAUUUAUUAGUGGAAUUCAAAGUACAGAGAAACCUGCUAUAAAAUUAUGUUUUUAGAAAUGUGUAUAAUCUCUGUACAGCGCUACAGAAUGUGUCAGUGCUAUAUAAAUAGUUCUAUUUACUGAAUACUGUGCUGUACUGCCCCCUGCUGGCCAUUUGUUUGUAAGAAUCCUACAUUUCCAUUGUACAUGUAACAAGCAGAAUCGGCUUCUUUCUGCCAGGGGUCACGUGACCAUGAUUGGCAGCAAUGACAUCACAAUGCCCAUGAGUGCUGACAUCACAAUGGAGCCCAGCGGGUAUCAGGGCUGCUCACAGCCGGGACUGGCAGAUCAGCGAUUGCAGCCAACAUGAAAUCACUGAUCUUCACACUUUUGAUUUUUACCGGAUUUUUACGAGUAAGUUCUAUGUAUUUAUACUGGGGGGAUAAUGGGCUCUGUACCCGAGUCCCUAUGGCUUCCCAGUUAUUAGUCUCAUCUCUCAGUAUUUCACUUAUUUUUAUUGGGUUUGUCAGAAGGUUUCUAUGCAAUGUACAGUACAGCGCCGCGGCCCAUCUGAUCCGUGUCACUUGUUCCCUACAGGAAAGACCUAUCAAUGACGAUGAUGAGAAAUUCUAUUAUGGGACUGAGCCAGUAGCCCACGCUGUGCCCGGGCCAGUUUGCCCAGUGCCCAUAGAAAGGAACAAAGAGGAGUUCCAGUGCGGCAAUACCCAGUUUGUACAGGAGAAGCCCGAGCCGCUGCCCCUGCUCAUUCCUGGGGAUAUAACAUGUGAUGGCUUGCUGUGUCCCAUUCUACCUACAGCGGGUCAGAACCCAAACCCACAGCCAGAUCUGAGCGGCGCCAUCAUGCAGGAUUUCCUACCAAUUCUGCCUUAUAUCAAGCGCCUCUUCCGUGAUACCGAGCAGCAGCCUAGUAUGGAGGAGAUCCUUAUGGACUUUUUGUCUCCACAAACCCUCAUCCUCAUCCUACUGGAACUCUCUUGUCUGUAUAUUUGGGACAAAAUGAAGGCACAAGAGGCCGGAGAUGGUGCCUGUGCCGGGACAGAGAGUGAAGGGGAACAGAGCGCGGCUAUAAAGCCCCAUAACCAUGAGGAAGAUGAGGAGGAAGAAGCGCUACAAAUGAGAGAAAGCACAAAGCGGAAGCCUAGAGCCGCUAAAGUUUUCUUUUCGCGGAAAAAGCAAAUCUGUUUUUCUAACGAACAUCAAGGAUCAAAGCCUAAAGGGAAACGUCUGGGCUUUAAUGUUAGAAGGUGUUUGUGUCGCAGCCCAAGGGAAACAGAGAGAAAGAGAAGAACGAGAGGAGAAGAGAAGAGGGAAUUCCAGCAGCUUUCCCUACAGUUCCUGAGCCUGUGCCUGGGGGGGGAUUGCUGAAGAGCUCUAUCCCUCCGGCUAAGGGCAUGAGAAGCACAAACUGAAUGAAAUACAGAGACAGUGGGUGGGAGGGAGGAUAAACACGUCCCCUAAUGUUCCUGCCCAUAACUGGCACGGUGACCCCCAACCAACAGGGAUCAUGUACAGGGGGCGGAGUCUCUGGGCUUAAACACAUGUCACUAAGUCAAUAUAUUUGCAGCAUUUUAUGACUUUGUUAUCUUGCUUUUUCCCAAAAUGUUCUCACUGCUCUGAUGUGGUGAAGAGCAUUUUUAA